UGUUGUAUGCAUAGAAAAACUAUCUUUGUUUUGAUCUCCGUGGAUAAAAGGGAACUGAAGAAAACAGAACCAAACAAAAACAAGCAAACAUGGACACCGAGCCCUCUACGCCUUUGCUUUCUCGAAGUCUCAGCUGGCUUUGUCGGAAUUGCGUCCUGUUCUUCAGACCACAACAACUCCUCCUACGCUCUCUCUAGUUCCUUCUUCCUCAAUCUCUCUACAAAAACUCCAAGUUCUGUACUGUAUACAUCAAGGGAAUACAAGAGGCAUAAGUAAGCAGCGUGCAGCGGUGGAAUCAUACUGCAGUGUUGAUGGGGCAUUUUUCAUCUGCGUUCAAUAGGUUGGCAAAGUCCUUUGCAACCAAGAGAAGUGGGAGUUCUGAUGGAUGCAACGGAAGAGAAGCUGCGGAAGCAAUGGCAAAGGAAGCCAAAAAAAAUCACUUCAUGUUGCAUAGCUCCGGCACCAUUAAUGUUGACGGUUCAGACAACUUUGCCUCACUUUUCUCCAAAAAAGGAAAGAAAGGAGUCAAUCAGGAUUGCUGCGUAGUAUGGGAAGAAUUUGGGUGCCAAGAGGACAUGAUUUUCUGCGGGAUUUUUGACGGGCACGGGCCAUGGGGUCACUUUGUGGCCAAGAGAGUAAGAGAGUCAAUGCCACCAUGUUUGCUAUGCAACUGGCAGGAGACACUUUCCCAAACUUCACUUGAUCCAGAUGUUGAUGUUGAUAUUACGGCAGAGAAAAAGCAACACCGGUUCAACAUAUGGAAGCACUCUUACUUGAAGACCUGUGCUGCCAUUGAUCGAGAACUAAAGCAGAAUCGCAAGAUAGAUUCAUUUUUCAGCGGAACAACUGCCCUGUCCAUUGUUAGACAGGGUGAAUUAAUUGUCAUUGCAAACGUUGGUGACUCUCGCGCCGUGUUAGCCACAGCAUCAGAUGAUGGAAAUUUGGUAGCAGUUCAGUUGACAGUAGAUUUCAAGCCCAGUUUACCUCAGGAAGCGGAGAGAAUAGUGGAGUGCAAAGGACGAGUUUUCUGCUUGGAAGACGAGCCUGGGGUGUACAGGGUGUGGUUACCGGACGAGGAGUCACCAGGACUUGCCAUGUCAAGGGCUUUUGGUGACUACUGCGUCAAAGAGUAUGGUCUUAUUUCAGUGCCUGAAGUAACACACAGGAACAUAACCAGCAAAGACCAGUUUGUUGUACUAGCCACUGAUGGGGUGUGGGAUGUAAUCUCGAAUCAAGAAGCAGUGGAUAUUGUGUGUUCAACAGCAGACAGAACAGAGUCUGCGAAACAUUUGGUGGAGUGUGCGAUGCGUGCAUGGAAACGCAAGAGGAGGGGCAUUGCAAUGGACGAUAUUUCAGCUAUUUGUCUCUUCUUUCACUCUUCCAUCACUUCACCAAGUUCAUGCCACCCUAGAAUAGAACAGAACAUUUAUCAUGUAAAAUUGGCAAGUCAAGUGCCACUUGCAGUUGCAUCCAUGUAAACAUGGUCCCCUCCGAUUAAGGUUUAUUCAAAUCGA